UUCCUCUCUUCGAAGACCAUCAACGAGAUUCAGUACUUCAAGUACUUCAUACAGUGAUAACACUGUCACUGUCUCUAGAAAGAACUGAAUACCAAGCAGGCAUCAUGGCUGGACAAAAAGGAAAGAAAUCGCCACCUGCAAAAUUGGCCCGGGAUAAAAAGGCCAAAAGCACACAGUCACUUCCUCCUCAGCUGCUCGCUUCGGUUGAGACUUUUCUAAUUGAGUCCGGUUUCACGAGUACUUAUGAAGCUUUCGCCAAGGAACAAACCAGCAAAUCCGUUAGCAAGUCGAAGUCCGACUCUAAGAAUGCACCGUCUUUGCUCGAAAUCUUUCAGAACUGGGCGAGUAAGGCAGACAACGUCGAGUCUUCCAGCUCUAGCUCUUCCGAGAGCUCGAGCAACUCGAGCAGCAGCUCAGAAAGCGAUAGCAGCUCCGAUUUGUCCAGCGACUCUGACGUUGACAUGAACGAUGCGCCGAAAGCGCAGUCGAAGAAACAAUCUAGAAGUUCUUCUCCCUCUUCGUCUUCUUUGUCCUCGUCCUCUUCUUCCUCUUCGGACUCCGAUAGCGAUGCCGAUGACGAGAGCGAGAAGGAGGCGGCUCCUGCUGCCAAACCUCAGGGUACUAAGCGCAAGGCCGAGUCUGAUUCCUCUUCUGAGUCCGAAUCCGAGUCGGACAAGGCUCCCCAGAGCAAGAAGACAAAGAUCUCUGCUAAGGAAAAGAGCUCGUCAUCUGACUCUUCCGAUUCUUCCUCUGAUUCGUCCUCCAGCGACAGCGAUUCUUCAUCUGAUUCAAGCUCUAGCUCUAGCUCCGACUCAGACUCCUCUUCCGAAUCUGAAGAAGACACCGUCAAAAAGUCUGCCAAGAAGACCUUGAAGGUUGCGAAAAAGACCCCAUUGCCUCCAUCUGACUCUAGCUCUAGCGACGACUCCAGUGACUCUUCCUCGUCUGAGUCCGACUCAGAUGAGAAGAAUGAAAAGUCCGGCACAUCCUCGUCUCAGAGCUCUUCUAGCAGCGAAACUGUUCAAGACUCCGACUCGGUUGCUCAGAAGCCUACUAGUGUUUCGACUCCGGUAACUGGUUCUUCCAGUGCCAGCCCAGCACCUGGAAAUGGCUAUGCCAAGAAGAAACACACUGGCGCCCGCCCUACCCCCCUGGCCCUCCUCAGCGAACAGCCUACCGACCACUUGCUCUCCAACGAAUAUGUGCCCUAUGCCUAUGCUGAGAAGGCCUGGAAAGAUCUCUCGGUCACCCGUGGCAAGGGCUUCACGAAAGAGAAGAACAAGAAGAAGCGUGGCUCUUACCGUGGCGGUCCUAUUGACAUUUCUGGAGGGAAGUCGUUCAAGUUUGAUGAUUAAAUUCGAGGCCCAUCACCGAAAUUGGGCUGCGAGGACUCCCACCGUGUUAAUUUUGCUAUCCUUUUACCAACUUGCUCUACAAAAGUUUAGACGAGUAGAUCUAGAUUCACACUUUUAGAUCUUAUUACCCAUUUUUUUAUUCGCAACUACAAGCAAGGCGCUAAUGGAGCUGGAACUGAUGUUUAAUUUAUUCAUGCAACCUACUAAAAAGAAAGUAUCUGUCAACUGCUUUCACUUCCCUAUGAGAAUCUUCAAAGA